UUUACUUAAUGACGUUGCAAGUGUCAAAACAUUGACAGGGAUAUAAUAGAUGGAUCAUUUCCAACCAAGCCCUGACCUUUUAUUCUGUCCCCUUGCCUUCUAGUGAACGGAGGAGGAGCUUCAGUGUCCAAGGGACAGGGAGCUAAACCAGCCAAACCUGACUGUGGACCAUCUGGAGUACCAAAUGGACAAUGGAUGAAAAUACCAAGACCAGGGGCUGGAGCUUCCACUGGCACAAAAACAAAAGGUUAUGGAGCAGGAGCUGGAGCGCCAAACAGAUUCGGUGCUAAACCCAAUGGAUAUGGUGCUGGUGCAGAGGGAUAUUCAAAUGGAGGAGGAGCUAAAGCAAACAAACCAGGUUAUGGCACAGGAGGCUACACUGUCCCUGGACUCAGCAAUGGAUAUGGAGCUGGUCGAUAUCCUUAUGCAGGGAACCCUAAGCAGCCUGCUUAUGGACAAGGAGCGUACCUUGGAGCUGAAUAUGGAAAUGGAAACUCAUAUGGAGGUGCACUUUCUGAAGCAGGCAAAUCCAAAUCAGGGUAUGGAAAUGGAAAUAGCUACAGUGCGGGUGUACAGCCUGACUACGCAAGUCUUGGCCAGGGUGUACCCACUGCUGAUGCCAAAUCAGGUGGUGCCAGACAGAUUCCUUACAAUGGAGCUCCAGUGGUUCCAGCUGGACUAGAUGGAAUUAGUCAGUUUGAGCCUCAGUCUGUUGGCCUUGGUCCAAAUGGGAAAUUGGGCAGCAUGUAUGGUGGAAUGGGUGACUUGCCUUUUGGUGCUCAGACACUUGGAAUGGAUGCAAAGAAGUCAAACGCCAAGUAUGGCAUUGGUGGGUUGCAGUUUGGAGGACAGCCUCUCAGCACAGGAACUAAUGGUGCAGGAAAGUAUGGAUAUGGAGGAGGACCAUAUGGGCCUGCAGGUGAUGGGAAAUCAUCUGGAAAAUAUGGAUAUGGUGGCUUCCCCAAUGGUGGGCAACUUCUUGGUCUUGGCAGUAAUGGAAAUACUGCCGGCAAAUAUGGAUAUGGAAGAAUGCCUUAUGAAGCUCAACCAGCUGGACUGAGCCCUGAGGCCAAAUCUACCGGCGAAUAUGGUCUGGCUGUGUCACAAUAUCAGCCUGAACCUCUUGGACUUAAUGGACAAGUACCAAGCAAAUAUGGUGGCAGUGAAGUUCCCUAUGCACCACAAGCUCUUGGUUUCGGGGGUGACGCAAAAUCUUCUGGGAAAUAUGGUAACCAGGGAGCGUACCGGUCGCAGCCCCUUGAAUCUGCCUCUGAAGGCAGAUCUGCUGGAGAAUAUGAUCCAGCUGGUUUACCUUAUGAGUCUCUGCCACUUGAGCCAGAUUCACCUGGAAAAUCUUAUGUGAAGGGAGAGCUACCGACUCCGGCAGUCGAAGGCGAGGGGAUGUCUGUUGAUAGAUAUGAAAAUGUGGGCUACAUAAAUGGACAUGUGCAACCCGAAGCUGUUGCAUUUCCUGCAGCUCCCACUCCUAGCCCCACCUUGGCCUACCCCUCUGUCCCAUCCUAUCUGCCCGUAGAGUCCUUCACUCCUGAUGUGGUGCCUGGAGCGGGUGUUGAAGACCUGCCCGAUCCCGCGGGCACUGCCAGCCUCGGCCUUGGUUCUGCACCUGCCACAGAGACGCAAGGUGUUGUUCAGGUGCCUGAGCAACCCGAUGACCUGCCACAACAGCAACUGCCACGUCAGAUACACAUUCAACAGCAUCUCAAACUUCAAUUUCACCCACAAGGAGCAAAGAAUGGAAAAUAUGAUUUGAAUGGCUUCUUUGGGAAUAGUGGCUAUCAAGGUUAACUGUGCCGACAACGACUGGUAUAACCUCUUUUUCUGCCAUUGUAUAUUAUUUUUGAUUGUUUCCUAAUUGUAUAUUAUUUUUAUUUUCUCCUGUCUGUCAAAUAGUCCUGGUAGUCAUAUUUUUAUGUUUUCUUGUAAGUCUAGAGAUAAAACAACAACAAUUUAAGCAUUUUGAGUUGUUAGGUUUUAGUGUGAAUUACCUUUUUGUCCUGCACUUACUCUUCACUGUACAUGUAAAGAAGUGGUUGUUGAAGAAAUGGAAGUACGGCUGCUGCAUGUUUUCAGUGAUUUCAUUGAAUCUGUCAGUUUUGCCUGGAUGUUCUCAACUCAAAAUGUUUCUAUAAAACCUAAUUCAGUCUAAUUUAUUUUGCACAGGAAAGGGUUUUUUACUACUUGUUGCAAGCAUCUGUUUAUUAUUGUACAGUAUUUGAUUGAAUAAAACCAUCAAAGAAUCCCAACAG